AUGGAGCGCUGGCCUUGGCCGUCGGGCGGCGCCUGGCUGCUCGUGGCUGCCCGCGCACUGCUGCAGCUGCUUCGUGCAGACCUGCGUCUGGGCCGCCCGCUGCUGGCGGCGCUGGCGUUGCUGGCCGUGCUCGACUGGCUGUGCCAGCGCCUGCUGCCCCCGCCGGCUGCACUCGCCGUGCUGGCCGCCGCUGGUUGGAUCGCUUUGUCCCGCCUGGCGCGCCCGCCGCGCCUGCCGGUGGCCACUCGCGCGGUGCUCAUCACCGGUUGUGACUCUGGUUUUGGCAAGGAGACAGCCAAGAAACUGGACUCCAUGGGCUUCACGGUGCUGGCCACUGUGUUGGAGUUGAAUGGCCCCGGUGCCCUAGAGCUGCGCGCCUGCUGUUCCCCUCGCCUAAAGUUGCUGCAGAUGGACCUAACCAAGCCAGCAGACAUUAGCCGCGUGCUGGAGUUCACCAAGGCCCACACCACCAGCACAGGUCUAUGGGGCCUGGUCAACAAUGCGGGUCACAAUGAAGUGGUGGCCGAUGUGGAGCUGUCUCCAGUGGCCACAUUCCGCAGCUGUAUGGAGGUGAACUUCUUUGGUGCACUGGAGCUGACCAAGGGCCUCCUGCCCCUGCUGCGCCGCUCAAGGGGUCGCAUCGUGACUGUGGGCAGCCCAGCAGGAGAUAUGCCUUAUCCGUGCUUGGGAGCCUAUGGGACCUCUAAGGCGGCCAUAGCGCUGCUCAUGGACACAUUCAGCUGUGAACUCCUUCCCUGGGGGGUCAAGGUCAGCGUCAUCCAGCCUGGCUGCUUCAAGACAGAGUCUGUGACAAACGUGGGCCAGUGGGAGCGGCGCAAGCAAUUGCUGCUGACCAGCCUGCCCCGAGAGUUGCUGCAGGCCUAUGGCGAGGACUACAUUGAGCACUUGCAUAGGCAGUUCCUGAACUCACUACGCAUGGCAGUGCCUGACCUCAACCCGGUUGUAGAUGCCAUCACAGAUGCACUGCUGGCAGCUCGGCCGCGCCUCCGAUAUUACCCAGGCCGUGGCACGGGGCUCAUGUACUUCAUCCACCACUACCUGCCUGAGGGCCUGCGGCGCCGCUUCCUGCAGACCUUCUUCAUCAGCCACUGUCUGCCUAGGGCACUGCAGCCUGGCCAGCCUGGCCCUAACUCUGCCCAGGACGCAGCCCAGGACCCAAACCCAAGCCCAGGCCCUUCCCCAACAGUGGCUCGGUGAGCCAUGUGCACAUAUGGCCCAGCCACUUGAGCACAGGAGGCUCCAGGAGCCCCUGGUCCUCCACUGGGCAUUAUGACCCCCAUGUCUGCCCUAGAGCUUGGCCUAAAGAACCCCAGCACCCUACUGCCGCUGCCUAGUCCAGGCCCAGUGAGGCUGAGGUUUUCCUGUGAGCCUUGGGGCCUGUCCACUGCUUCGUGAGCCCACAGACCCUCCUGGGCACAGUGCUUUACCCUGAAGCUUAGAAAACUCAGUUUUCUAAGGGCAAUUUAGUGCAAGACUUCACUGUAGCCUGUGACAGGACCCUGCAGAUAGUACCUCUGCAAAUUAAGGAGUGAUCAUGUGGGUUGGGACCCCCUGAGGAUUGUUCCUUGGCACCAGUGCCUCAGUGCUGCAAUUGAAGGGUGAAUCCCAACUGUCUCUUGACUGGCUCAAGAAUUCAGGCCCCAACUACCCACUCCCAAGCCCCUCAAGCCACAGGGAAGCUAUAUACCCUACACUUCCCAAUUGUCACUUUUUAAAUAAAGACAAACUUUAUUUCUCCUA